CAAUCAUCCUGGGCUUGAAAGCGGACGGGCGGAGCGACGAUCACGGGAUUCGGCAGCUGGAGACCGUGCAGGAAGAGGUGUGAGUCUCCAGGUCUUCGAAGUAGCGAUGGUGUUCGAGGCUCUGGUUAGUGACCUGCUGAACAGGUUCAUUGGGGACUAUGUGGAGAAUCUGGACAAGUCUCAGCUCAAGAUUGGGAUCUGGGGAGGUAAUGUGGUUCUUGAAAACCUGAGAGUUAAGGAGAACGCGUUGAGUGAGCUGGAUGUACCUUUCAAGGUGAAAGCGGGGCAGGUCGGGAAGCUGACCCUGAAGAUCCCCUGGAAGAACCUCUACAGCGAAGCUGUUGUUGCUACCCUAGAUGGGCUCUACCUCCUGGUGGUCCCAGGUGCAACUAUCAAGUACGAUGCAGCAAAAGAGGAGAAGUACAUCCAGGAGGCCAAGCAGAAGGAGCUGCAGCGCAUUGAGGAGGCCCUGCAGCUCGCCGCCUGCAGAGAAAAGCCUCAAGAGGAGAAGAAGGACACAUUUACUGAGAAGCUGGCCACACAAGUCAUUAAAAACCUUCAGGUCAAAAUCACGAGCAUUCACAUCAGAUACGAAGAUGAUGUUUCGGACCCGGAACAGCCUCUCUCCAUGGGCAUCACUCUUGCAGAACUCAGCCUGCAGACAACAGAUGAAAACUGGAAGAUAUGCAUCUUAAACGAAGCGGCCAAAAUAAUCUACAAGCUCGGGCGUUUAGAAUGCCUCUGUGCCUACUGGAACAUCAACAGCCAGAUAUUCUACAGAGGCUCCUGGGAAGAGAUCGUGGGGAAGCUGCAGGCAGGCAUCAGCACCAAAGACCGGGAGCUGAAGGAUUACCAGUGCAUUUUCAAACCCAUUUUUGCAUCGGCAAAAAUAUGCAUCAACCCCAAUGCUGAGGUGGAACUGAAAUCUCCCAAAGUGAAGCUCUACCUGGAAGUGCAGAACAUCGCCAUUGAGAUGACAAAACCUCAGUACCUCUCCAUGAUAGACCUUUUGGAGUCUGUAGACUACAUGGUCAAAAACGGUCCUUACAGGAAAUACAGACCGGAUGUGCCUGUGCAGAAAAAUGCCGACCUGUGGUGGAGGUACGCCAUCAGCAGCGUGCUGGAGGUGCACAUCCGCAGGUUUAACCGCAUGUGGUCGUGGUCGCAGAUCGUCCGGCACCGGCAGAACCUGAAAGCUUAUAGGGCGGCGUACAAGGCAAAGCUGACCCAGGGCAAGCUGAAGGAGGACACCGAGAAGCAGAUCCAGGAUCUGGAAAAGGUCCUGGAUGUUUUUAACAUCACCCUGGUCCGUCAGCAGGCGCAGAUGGAGAUGAUCCGGUCUGGACAGAAGGUGUUGGGAAAGAAGGCAGUUGCCCAGAAGCAGGGUGGUGGGGGCUUCUUUGGCAGCUUUUUCGGGAGGAAGGAGGGGAAGAAAAAGGAGCAGGAGGAGUCUAAGGAGCUGGAGAGCAUUGAUGACUUAAUGACGCCCGAGGAAAAGGCCAAGCUUUACACAGCCAUUGGGUACAGUGGCAGCUCCCACAACCUGGCCCUGCCCAAAGAGUACGUGGCCGUCAUCGUCAGCUUCAAGUUGAACCGCACCUCAGUCACGUUGCGUGAAGAGCCCGGCGUUCCGGAAAUCCUCAAGGUCCAGAUGAUCGACCUGAGCACCACGAUUUCACAGAGACCUGGAGCACAGGCAAUGAAGGUGGAGGCGUCCCUGCAGCACUGGUAUGUAACUGGUCUGCAGCAGCAGGGAGUCGUGCCCUCACUCAUCACCUCUGUGGGAGACGCUGCCUCCUCCCUGCUCAGCAUCCAGUUUGAGCUCAAUCCAGAAGCCAGCGGCGCCGACCAGCUGCUGAGGGUCCACUCCCAGCCAGUGGAGAUCAUCUACGACGCCAUGACCGUGAACAGUAUGGCAGACUUCUUCAAGACCGGCAAAGGCCUGGAUCUGGAGGUCAUCACGUCUGCCACGCUGAUGAAGCUCGAGGAGAUCAAAGAGAAGACUGCCACGGGUCUUUCACACAUCAUCGAAACACGCAAGAUCCUCGAUCUCAGGAUCGAUCUGAAACCCUCGUAUCUGCUGGUGCCCAAGUCCGGCUUCUACGACGGCAAAUCGGACUUGAUGAUUUUAGAUUUCGGAAGCUUGAAGCUGAACAGCGUGGACCAGGGAGCCAAUCAGCAAGUGAGCGCCAGCUUCUCCUCUCUAGAGGAGAUCAUGGACCGAGCUUACGAGAGAUAUGCCUUGGAACUCAGGAGCGUUCAGAUACUUUACAGCAAGUCUGGAGAGUCGUGGCAAGCUGCCCGUACUCAUGGGUCCUCCUCUCAGCACAUCCUGCAGCCCAUGGACUUCAAGGUGCAGCUGGCCAAGUCCAUGGUGGACAGAGAUGCACGGAUGCCCAGGUUCAAACUGUCUGGAGAACUUCCUCUGCUUCACGUUAAGAUAUCUGACCAGAAAAUCCACGGUGUGCUGGAUCUGGUGAAUAGCAUCCCUCUCCCUCAAGUGACAUCGACGCCGACCACCCCCACUAAAAAAAGGCUGCCGGUUCCUCUGGCUGAUUCCAGAGCUGGCAUCCUGAGCCUGGGUCCCUCCGGACUUCUGGAUGCAAUGGAGACAGAUUCGGAGGAGGACGCCAGUGAGAUGGCAUUGAGUGACGAGUCCCAGGUGCCCCAAGCAGAGGAGCUGACGGACCUGCAGUUCAAGUUCGAGGUCAAGGCGGUUCUGGUCGAGCUCACAAGGCAGGCGCAACAGGAGAGUACCAUUCUGGCGCUGAACGUGUCCCAACUGGGCGCAGAGGGCAAAAUGAGGACCUACGACCUCAUGGUGACCUCGUACCUGUGCAAGAUUAGCCUGGACUACUGUGAGGAGCGAGGCCCCCAAAACCAGCCUCUGCACUUAAUCAGCUCGUCAGAUACACACGGGUCGCCCCUCCUGAAAGUGGAGUACAUCAGAGCUGACACAAAUGGCCCGAAUUUCAAGAGCAUGUUUGAUAACACUGAGCAAACACUAAAGGUGGAAUUCUCCUCGCUGGAUUUCCUGAUGCACACCAGGGCUCUGCUGUCCACCAUCAGCUACUUCAACACGGCUCUGCCCAAGCAGAUGACGGACCCCAGAGAGACCACCAAACUGCCUGAUAAGGACGCUCCUGGCAAGCUGGUGUUCAGGGGUUCCAAGGAGAAGAACGUGUUUAACUUCAAGCUGUUUGCAGUACUGGGUGCCUUUCGAGUUGUGGUCUGUGAUGACUGGCACAGCAUCGCUGACAUCAUCGUGCAGGGCAUCGAUGCAUCGGUGUUAGUCCAGGCCAAGGAGACUGAGGUGUUUGCGAGGCUGAGAAACAUCAUCGUCACAGAUGUCGACCCAAAAACCAUUCACAAGAAGGCUGUGUCCAUAGUGGGAGGUGAGGUGUUCAGCUUCAAAAUGUUGCUGUACCCCAAUGCCACCGAAGGCGACGGCUACGCAGACACCUCCAAGGUGGACGGGAAGGUCACGCUGAAGUUGGGCUGCAUCCAGAUUGUCUAUCUGCACAAGUUCCUCGUCUCACUGCUGACAUUUAUAGACAACUUCCAGACGGCGAAGGAGGCCCUGACUGCAGCCACGGCUCAGGCUGCGGAGAAGGCGGCCUGCAGCGUGAGGGACCUCGCCCAGAAGAGCUUCCGGCUCUCCAUGAACAUUUGGCUGAAGGCCCCUGUCAUCGUGGUGCCGCAGUCUCCAACAUCCCACAAUGCAUUUGUGAUAGACCUGGGUCUAAUCACUGUAACAAACAGCUUUUCUUUAAUGGAAGCUGAGGGCUUUUCUCUUCCAGCUGUGGUUGAGAAGAUGGACGUGAAGCUCACGCAGCUCAAGCUCUCCAGAACGACUUUGAAGAACGACUCACCGCACUCUGACAUCGAGCUUCUGCAGCCUGUCAAUCUGGAGCUGAUCAUCAGGCGAAAUCUGGCAGCGUCCUGGUUCACCAAGAUCCCAGGAGUUGAAGUUCAAGGGGUGCUGAAGUCCAUGAAUAUGGAGCUGGGUCAGGAGGACUUUGGUGUCCUGAUGAAAAUCCUUGUUGAGAACAUUGGGGAAGGAAGUAAAGAGCAAGCAGUGGACAUGACAAGAGCAUCUGACCGAGGAGUGAAAGGCAAAGCGGAGGAAGGUGCGCAGCCAAGAUCAGCGACGGUUUCAGCAGUGGAGAUGGGAAGCAUGUCGCCAGUGACCCACGGAGCAAGCUGUGAAAAUACCGUCAAUGUGCUCGUCAACUUUGAGAUCAAAGAGGUGGUGCUGAAGCUGAAGAAGGUGCAGGGCCAGACAGAGCUGCCUUUCCUGGUGCUCUACGUGGACCACUUUGGAACUGAUGCAAGAAUGCGGCAGUACGACAUGUCAGCUGUGACCUACAUUAAGAAGAUCACCUUGAAGUGCCUCGAGUUUUCAGAUUCCUGCGGGGAUCCUCUCAGCCUGGUCAGCUCCUCCGUGGAGUCUGGCGGGGAGCUCCUUAAAGUUCAGUAUUUCAAGGCUGACAAAAAUGGGCCGCACUUUGCGACUGUUCACAUGAACACAGAGCAGAAGAUUGACGUCAUUUUCACAUCUCUCGACCUGAUGCUGCACACGGAGGCGCUGCUCUCCUCCAUUAACUUCCUGUCAGCCGCCCUGUCCUUCAGCUCCAUGCCCUCCCCAGAACGAGAGCAGAAGCUGAAGACGGAGGACAGCAAGGCCCUAGUGGCCAAACCGACACUCCCGCCCACCCCUUCCGAUGGCGAUGUCAUCGAUCUGCAGAUCGCCAUGCAGUUGGGUGCCUUCAACGUGCUCGUAUGCGACGAGAAGGGCAGCAUCGCCGACAUUAGGAUCCAAGGCUGUCAUGGCUCGCUACUGAUGCAAGGGACCCAAACUCACAUCUCCACUCGCCUGAGAGAUUUCAUCGUUAUCAACGUCGACCCCAAAACCAUUCACAAAAAGGCCAUCUCCAUCAUGGGAGAUGAGGUGUUUAACUUCAGCCUGAGCCUCACGCCCAAGGCCACGGAGGGCGGCGGCUACACGGACACCUCCAAAGUGGACGGCAAAGUCAAGCUGAACGUGGGCUGCAUCCAGGUGGUCUACCUGCACAAGUUCAUCAUGUCUCUUGUGAAUUUUACAAACAACUUCCAGACGGCGAAGGAGGCCCUGACUGCAGCCACGGCUCAGGCUGCGGAGAAGGCGGCCUCCAGCGUGAGGGACCUCGCCCAGAAGAGCUUCCGGCUCUCCAUGGACAUCCGACUGAAGGCCCCCGUCAUCGUGGUGCCGCAGUCGUCCACGUCCCAGGACGCUGUGGAGGUGGAUCUGGGGCUGAUCACGGUGGGGAACAGCUUCUCCCUGCUGCCCGUGGAGGGCUGCCCCCUUCCCGCUGUCAUCGACGAGAUGCACGUACAGCUCAGCCAGCUCAAGCUGUCUAGGAUCUACCCACAGACAGAGGGCGCCACCCCUAACACAGAGCUGCUCGAACCCGUCAACUUCCUGCUGUCCGUCCGGCGGAACCUGGCCGCCUCCUGGUUCCAGAAGAUGGCCGCCGUGGAGGUCGACGGGGACCUCAAACCCAUGAAGGUGGCUCUGAGCCAGGAGGACCUGUCCGUCCUGCUGAAAAUCUUAAUGGAUAAUCUUGGAGAAGCCGGCAGUGUCCCGACAGACGGCCACGUGUCCGAAGGCGUCGUGCUGAAGCAGGAAUCGCUCCGCCGGCCGGAAUCUCCCAAAGGUGACAUCAGCACGGAGACUAACCCUGCAGACCAGCAACAGGACCCGCUGGUCACCGUCAAAUUCAAGAUCAAUGUGGAGGCUCUGACUCUGCUCCUGUUCAGGAAUGAUCCCACGCAGGUGGCGCCAAUCAGCCAGCACCAGGAAUCUCUCUGCCUGGGGGAGUUAACCUUGCAUUUAAUGAAGGCAUCAGGGAAAAUGUUCAGCAGCGGUGCCUUGGAGGUCUCCACCAUCCUCACCGCAUGUACCCUAGAUGACAGGAGGACUGGGAUCCAGAGGGUAACUUCAAGGAUGGUGGGUAAGCAGGAUGAGAGCAGUGCCGACAAGAUGAUCGACGUGACGUACUCGGAGCGGGACGGCGAGCGCAGGGUGGUGGCCGUCCUCCAGAAGCUCUACGUGUGCGCCAGCGUGGAGUUCCUCAUGGCCGUGGCCGACUUCUUCAUCCAGGCCAUGCCCCAGAGUCCAGCGGCGGUGCCCGACCGGGGCGGUCAGCUGUCGCUCAGGCAAAUCUCCGAGCCAAAGAGCAGCGCGGAGCCCAAAGCAUCUUCUGUGCCAAAGAUGACGAUCCAGGCUGUGGUGCUUGACCCAGAAGUGGUGUUUGUGGCUAACCUCAUGAAGGCCGACGCCCCAGCCUUGGUCGCCUCUUUUCAGUGCAACUUCAACUUGGUGUCUGAGGAAGGUUCUCAGACCAUGAAGGCCAACCUGAAGGAUCUCAAAGUCCUGGCCUGCCCCUUCAUCAGGAACAAGGAGGACAAGGCCGUCACCACGGUACUGCGUCCGUGUUCUGUGGUCCUAGAAACGUCAAUGUCUACAGAGAAACCACUGACGGGCUUUUUGACUGUGGAGGAGGUCAUUGUUAAGAUCUCUCCGGUCAUCCUCAAUACGGUCAUGACUAUCAUGGCAGCCAUGAGCCCCAAACCCAAGGAAGAUCAAGGCGAGCAGAAGGCCGUCGACAUCAGCAACCUCUGGUCCGUCAUGAACAUACAUCAGUGCAACUACUGGUUCCUGGGGGUGGAUUCUGCUCAUGAAAUGACAGAGAACUUCAGAGAGCAGCCCAGUAGGAACGACGGCGAGAGCUUUAGGGUGGAUGUCAAGGUCGUGCAGGUGACCUUGGAGUCCGGUAUGGGCCAUCGCACCAUGCCCUUACUCUUAGCAGAGUCCUCCCUGUGUGGAAUAGCUAAGAACUGGUCCUCCUACCUGAACAUCAGCGCAGACAUGACCCUGGAGGUCAAUUACUUCAAUGAGAGCCAUGCUGUGUGGGAGCCUCUCAUCGAAAGGGUGGAGAAUGGAACGCGUCGAUGGAACCUGAAAUUAGAGAUGAAGAACAAUCCAUCCCAAGACAGAAGUCCGAUUCCUGGAGAUGACUUCAUGGUAAUCUCCGAACCCCAGACCGCCAUUAGCAUUUGCUCGAAGGACACCAUGAACAUCACCAUGUCCAAGUGCAGCCUCAACGUCUUCUCCAACUUGGCACAGGCUUUCUCCGAGGGAACAGCGUCCACCUUUGACCACUCUCUGAAAGAGAAGGCCCCCUUUACCAUCCGCAACGCCCUGGGCAUCCCACUCCUCAUGCAGCACGGCGCCAACCUGCGCGUGGUGGGCUUGCCAUCCGUAGGCAAGCUGCACGAGGUGGGGGUGGGCAAGAGCGUCGAUCUGGAACAUUCCGUCUUCGAGCCGUCGAGCCGUGGCAAGCUGUCCGCCCUGCAGCGGCAGGAGAGCUGUCUCUUCAACCUCAGCCUCGUUCCCACUGGCUACAGCGAGGUGACGAACAUCCCCGUGGACAGACCCGGACGUAGGCUGUACAACGUCCGCAGCCCCAGCCAGCAGGAGGCAGUGUCUGUGCUGGUGCAGAUAGAUGCCACGGAGGGCAACAAAGUCAUAACAGUGCGCUCGCCUCUGCAGAUUAAGAACCAUUUCUCUGUGCCUUUUGCCAUCCUGAAAUACUGCCCGGUGUUGCAAGGCCUGACUCACAUCGGUAUCGCUGAGCCCGAGAAGGAGCUCCACGUCGCUCUCGACUCAUACCGGUGUCAGCUUUUCCUGAUACCCACGGGGCCCCUGGAGGGUCAGUACCGUGAGUCGUCCACCUGCAUCUCCUGGAAGGAGCAGGUGCACUGUAGUUCGGAGGUGCAGUCAGUGCUGCAGUGCCCGGCCAGUGAGAGCCCCUUCCUGCCACUGGUGGUCAACACGCUGGCCAUGCCCGACGACCUGUGCUUCAUCUCCUGUCAGGGUGGGGAUGACUGGGACCCCGCCUACAUCAUCCACUUGCAUCCCUCCGUCACGCUGCGCAACUUGCUGCCGUAUUCCAUCCGCUUCCUGCUGGAGGGGUCAGCAGAGACCUACGAGCUGCACGAGGGCAGCGCAGCCGACGUGCUGAACGCCCGCAUUGGUGGCGAGAUCAUGGAGCUGGUGCUCAUGCGGUACCAGGGCCGCAAUUGGAACAGCCACGUGAAGAUACACCAGGCCAUGGCAGAGUUCUUCCCCGUGUGCUUCUCGUGUGACUCCGCCGAGAAGCUCACGGUGGAUGUGAGCGUGCACGUGUCACGCGUCAGCGGCCGCCUUGUGCUCUCCGUCUUCAGUCCGUACUGGAUAAUCAACAAGACCUCGCGGGUGCUGCAGUACCGGGCCGAGGACGUGCAUGUCAAGCACCCCGCUGAUUUCCGCGAUGUCAUCCUCUUCUCCUUCAAAAAGAAGAACCUCUUCAGCAAGAACAAGCUGCAGCUAUGCGUCUCCACCAGCAGCUGGUCUGAAGGCUUUUCCUUGGACACAGUGGGAAGUUAUGGAUGUGUGAAGUGUCCUGCCAGUAAUAUGGAUUACCUGGUGGGGGUCAGCAUCCAGAUGAGCAGCUUCAACCUGAGCCGCAUCGUCACCAUGAGCCCCUUCUACACGUUGGUAAACAGGUCCUCCUACGAGCUGGAGGUGGGCGAAGUUCCGAGUGACCCGACCACCGUGAACGAGCGCUGGCACUAUGUGGGCUCUGAAGAGUGUCUUCCUCUCUGGUCCGAGUCUUCCACCGGGAAGCUCUGCGUCCGGGUCGUGGGCUCCGAGUCUUCCUCCAAGUCCUUCUUCUUCAACAAGCAGGACAGCGGCACCCUGCUAAGCAUGGACACGUAUGGGGGCGUCAUCGUAGACGUGAACAUCUCAGACCACUCCACUAUCGUCAGCUUCACUGACUACUACGAGGGUGCGGCCCCCGCCCUACUUGUAAACCACACGUCCUGGGUCACGGUCAGCUUCUGGCAGAGCGGGUCCUCAGGGGUUCGGGAGCUAAAACCAGGAGAGGUCCGGCGUUUUGCCUGGGACGACCCCGCCGGGGUCAGGAGGCUCAGCUGGGGCUACCGGGAGCAGAAGGGGGAGCUUGACCUGGUCAAGGAUGAGUGUGGCCAGUUCGCCUAUGAUGACGUUACUCAGAUACACUGGGUCUCCUUCUUGGACGGCCGGCAGCGGGUGCUGCUCUUCACGGAGGACGUGGCCCUGGUCACCAAGGCUCGGCAGGCCGAGGACAUGGAGCAGUUCCAGCAGGAGGUCACCAUUUCCCUGCAGACCCUGGGGUUGUCGCUCAUCAACAACGAUAGUCGGCAGGAAGUUGCCUAUGUGGGCAUCACCAGCUCCGGUGUCGUGUGGGAGAUGAAACCAAAGAAUCGCUGGAAGCCAUUUAACCAAAAGAACAUCAACCUCCUUGAGAAGGCAUACGAGACCUACCUAUCUGAGAAGAGUGAGCCCGGCUGGGUUAAGCUGGAAACCAACAUUGAGGUGAACUUCAGCAAGGUGCCUAUGGCCAUGCGGCAGCCCUUCGCUUGCAUGAUCAGGAGGAACUUCCUGUCUGGGAUCCAGGUGGAGUUGAAGCAGUCCCGUCACCAGCGGAGUCUCCGGGCCCAGCUGCACUGGCUCCAGGUGGACAACCAGCUCACGGGUGCAGUAUUCCCCAUCAUGUUCCACCCCGUCCCCCCACCCAAGUCCAUCGCCUUAGACUCUGAGCCAAAGCCUUUCAUAGACAUCAGCAUCAUCACCAGGUUUAAUGAGCACAGCCAAGUUAUGCAGUUCAAAUAUUUCAUGGCCCUGGUUCAAGAGAUGGCAGUGAAGAUUGACCAGGGCUUCCUUGGGGCCAUCAUUUCCUUGUUUACCGCGGCCACGGACCCACGGGCAGAGAAGCAGAAGACCAAGCUCAUCGAGCGGGACCUGGAGAGCCUGCGGGCGGAGCUCAUGGAGGCGUCGAUGACGGACACGUCGGGCCUCAGCUUCUUCGAGCACUUCCACAUCUCGCCCAUCAAGCUGCACCUCAGCCUGUCUCUGGGCCCCAGCGGGGACGACUCCAACCAACAGGACACGCUGCCCAUCCAGUCGCUCAAUCUGCUCCUGAAGAGCAUCGGAGCAACGCUCACUGACGUCGAUGACCUCAUCUUCAAAUUAGCCUUCUUUGAGGUGAGGUAUGAGUUCUACAGGCGGGAUAAACUCAUGUGGGCUGUGAUUCGCCACUAUACCGAGCAGUUCCUGAAGCAGAUGUACGUCCUGGUAUUGGGCCUCGAUGUGCUGGGCAAUCCGUUUGGACUGAUCCGGGGUCUGUCAGAGGGAGUCGAAGCUUUUUUCUAUGAGCCCUUCCAGGGGGCUGUCCAAGGCCCAGAGGAGUUUGCGGAGGGCUUUGUGAUUGGCGUCCGCAGCCUGCUCGGUCACACCGUGGGGGGCGCAGCAGGCAUGGUGUCCCGCAUCACAGGCUCUGUGGGAAAAGGUCUGGCGGCCAUCACAAUGGAUAAGGAAUAUCAGCAGAAGCGCAGGGAGGAGAUGAACAGACCGCCCAAAGACUUUGGAGAAAGCCUGGCCAAGGGUGGGAAGGGCCUCCUGAAGGGUGUCGUCGGGGGAGUGACCGGCAUCGUGACCAAACCUGUCGAGGGAGCCAUGAAGGAAGGAGCAGCCGGCUUCUUCAAGGGCAUCGGGAAGGGUCUGGUGGGGGUGGUGGCCCGACCAACAGGGGGCAUCGUGGACAUGGCCAGCAGCACUCUCCAGGGCAUCCAGAGGGUGGCGGAGUCAACGGAGGAGGUGACGAGGUUGCGACCCGUCCGGCUGAUCCGGGAGGACGGCAUCGUCCGGCCCUAUGACCUGCAGGAGUCGCAGGGCUACGAUUUAUUCCAGCACAAAAAGGACUGAGAUGGGGGGGGGGGGGUUCAUAUGACUCCCCGAAGUGUGAGAGUCCUUAUGCCAGAUGUAGCCUCUUAGAGCUCCCUCAUUUUCUCAUGUUUACCCAUCAUGCAUUACACCAUGCACAUAGCCCAGUGCCAAGGUACCAUUUCACGCAUGAGUCCAUGACUCCAUUUCAUGCCCACAUCACUCUGUGACUCCAUUUCAUGCCCACAUCACUCUGUGGCUCCUUAACCUGGUCAGGAAGUUCAAUUAAUCCACAUUUUAUGAUAUACAGGCAGCUCCUGACUUGCUUAAAAAAUAUUCCAGAUAAUAGCACAUAAAAGGUGAUGGGCCUGCGAGUAAAUUUACACUUUAUCCCUUCAUUUAUUUAAUACGUGUCCUUUAGUACAUAUUGCUACUAUAUUUUGGCUUGUGUGUGUUUUUGUUUUGGGUGUCUUGUAUGGUAAAACUUGACUUGUGGAUUGUAUGGGUUUGUGAGACGGGCUACUUGUGUCGGUCGAGGGCUGCCUGCGUUUCGAUUGACCGGUUUGUACAGCACAACGUGGAGAGUCAUGUCGCCACAUUCUAGAAAGUGCCGUGCUCUCCGGGUGAUGUGGCCCCCGGUGUAAGUUUAAGCGUGCUCCGCUUUUCCUGCCCUACCUUACCCACCUUUUAAGCUCCGAGGGUGGCGCCUGUUUGGCUCCUACAGCUUAAAUGCCACAGCGUUUCGCAUUUUAUACAGAAUUAAAUUUAGAAGCCCCAGCAAAGCAGUCUAAAGAUGAUGUAGGCCUUGUGGGAAUGUUUACUCCAGACUGUUCUUUAGAUUCCUGCUGGGUAAACUUUUCCCAUUUUGUUGUGGGUUUAUCUUAAAUCUAUUAUUUUAUAAUUUCACAUGCUACACUAUUAAUGUAUCCAUGGAAACUGAAUAAUGUAUUUUAGCGCUAAAAAUGUCUUGCAUCGUUAAACUUCACCUGUGUCAUCUUAUUUUGGCAUUAUUGUCCUACUCCAGAAAAAUUGCAAAAUAUAUAUACCUGUUUUUCUAAGGUUGCCUUGAAUUAUAUUCACAUUACUUUGGCAUGCUCAUGAAAGAAGUACAUUUUAGCUUUUUGUUGAAAUCUAAAUAUAUUGUAACAUUGAAUAGCUUCCAAAUUUGUGAUGUGUAUAAAUGCCAAUUUUGACUUGCAAAACUGUUGUAUUUUCAUAAUUCGUACUGCAUGACCCAAGUUUAUGUACACAAAUAUAAACUUUUUAACAUUUUUAAUUUGAAAAGAUGUGAAUUUUCGUUUGCAAAAAAUUUUUAUCAUUCCUUAAAUGCAAGAAAUUUGAUUUUUAUUUCUAAUAUUCAUUAAAAAGCCUUAAAUAUUAACCCUAAGGUCACUGUAAAGUGAAUAUUUUGACAUUGCUCACUGUGUACUCGGUGUCUUGUGUCCUGUGUAAACUUAGAAAUAAUAAACUCAUCUAUAUUUA